CGAAAUGAUUCAGGAAUGAGGAGAGACCCAUCUGUGCUGUCCAACGGAAGGAGGAAGAAGGAGAGCGUGACUGAAGACCCCAGCUCAGAGCAGGACAACAGCAAGCCCAAAGCAACGCGCCACAUACUGCUCAUCAGGCAUUCCCAGUACAACCUGAGCGGAAACGGCGACACGGAGCGGAUCCUCACACCUUUAGGCCGGGAGCAGGCGGAGUUAACGGGUCAGAGGCUAGCGGCGUUGGGUUUGAAAUACGACGUUCUGAUCCACUCCAGCAUGACCAGGGCUACUGAGACCGCACAUAUCAUCAGCAAACACAUCCCAGGUGUGGAGCUGGUGAGCUGUGACCUGCUGAGAGAGGGGGCCCCUAUAGAACCGGUUCCACCAGUCACCCACUGGAAGCCCGACGCUGUGCAGUACCACGAAGACGGAGCUCGCAUUGAGGCAGCCUUCCGCCGCUACAUCCACCGGGCUGACCCCAAGCAGAAAGAGGACAGCUAUGAGAUCAUCGUGUGUCAUGCCAAUGUCAUCCGUUAUUUUGUCUGCAGGGCGCUGCAGUUCCCCCCUGAGGGCUGGCUGCGUAUGGGCUUACACAACGGCAGCAUCACCUGGCUCACCAUCCGGCCCAGUGGCAGGGUGGCCCUCAGGACUCUGGGAGACGCAGGAUUUAUGCCUCCAGACAAACUAACACGGACCUAAAGGCUCAGAGUAAAGCAGAUUUUUUUUUAAUGAAAAUUUGGGUUUCAGGGUUAAAACUUUUUUUUUUUCCUCAAGUGUCUUGAAAAAUCAACUUUUUAUGAAUUAUUUUCUAAAUCAAGCAUCAAAUGCCAUCGCCAAGAGUAUUAACAGCUGCAUUGCAACUUCUGCUGAAUGUAAUUCAUGAAUUUUACACAAGUGACUCAUUUUUGAACCAAAAUAAAGAAAAUAAGGUCUAUUUAUCUGGCUAGCUGCCCAUGCAUUUCAUGUUAGCUUUAGCUAUUUUGAUAAAGGUGAGACAUGUUUAAUGUAUUGUGGUAAAUAAAUUAUUUC